CAGCAAACCUACUUCGUAUUCUGGCCGCCUCAUACUACCUAACGUAGUACUUACAGCGAUGCGUGGUCCGCUGCUGGGCUACAGUCUGGGCAUUGACGCCGCUGGCGCGGGCGGCCUGACACAGACUGUGCCUGAGCUCCAUGGUGAUCGAACUAACCUGGCUCAGGCGUUGAGAUGAUGACGUCGCGUAGUCUUUGCUCGCUCGCUUGGGUACCCACAACGGGCCAUUUCGAAACGCCUCUCAGCGCAUGGUGCCGCCUAGCAGCCUCCGCUCGGCUGGUGCUGUGACUCGCCUGCCCUGUAGCUCCCCCCUCCGUCCGACAAGCCACCACAUCGGGUAGACGCCAGGGCAGGUGAGGCACCUACUUCGUACCUCGCUCUGAUUCAACGUGCAAGCCCACGGGCCAUCACGCACGCACUCCUCCCUUGACACACUCGCUGCUCUCGACACCGACGACGAGCUGCCGCGACACCGUUGUUCGAAUUCAUUCCCCUUGCCGAAGGCCUGCGCCGGCUGGCCAUGAUCUUGCGCACCCAUCGUCGUCUCAGGCACCAGGAGCGCAACCCAGCCGGAAUCCAACAUCGCUGCAACAACCGUCGUCAUGUCGACGGCGUCGCGACACUCGUUGCAGCCCUCCAGACGGCUGAAGAACAGCAGCAGAGACUCGGGUAGGGCACGGGCGGCGUCGCGUGCCCGAGGCCAACACAUCGUCGUCGAACACGAAGAAGCAAGGAGCUUUGCUCUACGCGCGGCGUACCUCCACUACCUCCUUCAGCCCAAGGCCAAGCGAAAACAAUACGUCGCUGCCCCGAAGGCGCCUGCGCGCUCGCAUACAAGUGUAGGACAGCUAGUUCAGGAAUAUGUUUCCGGCAGCUCGUCCAGCCAGAAGCUCCCGCACAGCUUUCCAAGCCAGUUGCUUGACCGCGUUGGCGGCGUGCUGCGAGGCAACGAGUCGCUCCCCGGAUACAACGAUGCGGCCGUCAAACGAAGCUUUGCUGAGGCGUAUACCGCCUUCUCCGAGAAGACCUUCCGCAAGAAUAUGGAGAAGGAGAGGAAGUUCGAGCCGCUUGUUCUCAUUUUCUACUCCUCUGCGACGAAAGCCGCCCAGAAAGGAAGGGCGCCAGACGAUGACACGUGGAAGAUCCUACCGGACCGUCAUCUGGCCAUGUUCGUGAGACUAGCCGCCAGCAUCUUGCGUGACCAUGGCCACGAUCGCGAUCGACCCGAACUGGUAUCGAGACUCAGCUCUUUGGAAAAUAAGCUCCUUACCAACGAUCAAAACCUAGUAGACAGCGGGUCCGACGGCGCUGGAACGACUGUCGAGGUCGUGGUCCCCUUGAGUUACGAUGUCAAGGACAUGCCAAUGGUACAGGUUGUGGCGGCCAUUUUUGGACUGAGCUUGUCUGAUGUCCAGAACGAGAUCAAUGGCCAUCGUCAGGUGUGGACGGAAGAGGCCGCCCUGCAGGACCUCAAAUCGUAUCAACACAGGCUGAACUCCAACAAGCCUGGAGCGUUACGGAGCGAGGACUUCGACCUUGAGGAUGCUUUCAACGAAUGGAAAAAGUCCGAGGCUCCUCAUCUCUCGCAGAUGAUGCUGGACAUCCUGACUGCCAAACCGGAGUUGGCCCGUCGAUCCACUGGUCGCGCCGACAAACCCUUGCCAAGCCGCCCACAAUCUAUGUACGCCGACGAUCAGGUGUAUGCAGAGUUGGGUCGCGCUAUUACAGGCUCUGACGACAGCGGCCUCGGGUUUGACCCAGCUGCGAGUCUCGGCUCCAUGUCCAUCGGCGGGGACAGCAGCAGCAUUAGAGCCGUCGAAGAGGUAAUUUACACAUUUAUACCUCCCGACCCCAGGGCCUACUACAAGUACAUUCUUCAACAAGCCAUGACUUUCGACCAACUUCAUACCGAUCCUGCGGACUACGAGCCUCUUUCAAAGAAAUCCAUGGAGCUCAUGACGGAACUGUGUGUCAGGUGGCGUGUGCCUCAGUUCUCUCGGCUCAUUGCUGUUCUGGAGGUGGCGGCCCGCAAGUUUCUGGACCGUGAGCUGAUUCCGACCGAGCUGGAUGCCACCUUCGACUUCGUGAAAACGCCUCUGCCGGAGCAGAAGAAGACUCCGCACAUUUCACAAUGCCUUACCCCUCUAAAUGAAAUUCCCCCAAGCCGCUGGACGGUUCACGAUUUCGCUGUAUAUCGACAGACCUUACAUGCAUUGCACGAUGCCCUUCUUCGUGAACUCUACGACCUCAUGGAACGAUCUUACGACACCAAACCCCCAGACAUGGGUGCAGUCAUGUGGCUGUUAGACAUCCAUAUCGAGGGAGACCCGUCAUUUUCUCACCGCUCUGCUUCCAUGACAGAGUUUACCGAGCACCUACAACAGGGCCUCAGCCUGAAAGCGGCAGAGGCUUAUCGCGACUAUAUGGAGAAAGAAAUCCCCCCGCAUAAAGAUGAAUGGGAAUUUGGUCAUGUUGUCAAGCUCGGCAAAUCCGUCACCAAGUUGUGCGAUAGGAUACGAAAGAGGUACAAAAAGAACCCAUCCAUCAUGGGUGUCAAUCCCUUGGAAGUGCUUGUGAGAGAGGCGCUUCCUAGCUUCGAAAAAGACGCCGGUGCCAUUAUCGAGGCCAUCAUACUAGGCGCCAAGGAGACGGGAGUAGAUGUUGACAUCCAAGACGGCUUUGAACUGUACAAAGAAUUGGUUGAGAUUCGACGCAUUCACCACGAGUCUCUUCCUGACGUACCGUUCGCUUUCAACAUCGAGAACCUACUGGUCGAUUUCGUCUGGCGUUGGAUUCGUGCCGCAGAAGCAAGGAUGACCGAAUUCGUGGAGCAGGCUAUCAAGCAGGACCAGUUCCAGGUACGGACAGAGAGCCCAGAUCACAUACCGCGAGACUCCGAGCGACAUAGUGUGUCAAUCAUCGACAUGUUCAUGCUGUUCAACCAGACCGUCGACCAGGUCUUUGCUCUGGAGUGGGACAACGAUGAGCAUCACGCUAGGUUUAUGACAGCGCUGGCAGGAAGCGUCGCGGCAGGCAUUGGACACUACUGCGACAUAGUCGACCAACGGUUCGCCAAAGAAAUGGAUCGCCCAUCUGCCGAAGAGCUAGCUUCUCAGACGAGAACGACGCAGGAAAGGUGGAUGCAGAUCGCCAAAGACGCCUGGAACAACAAGGAGAAGGCCGAGCCUUUCCAAUUCUACCCCGAGUCUUUUGUCAAACUGAACAACAUCGAAUACGCAAUGCAGGAGUUGGACAAGCUGGAAAAGAGCAUGAAUUCCGAGGCAUGCGCCUUGGUGCUCGAACGCAUCGAUGGUCCUAAGAAGAAGGUUCGCAAGCCGAGCAAAUACACAUUUACCAUCAAGGUUGUCGAGGCCGAGGACCUCAAAGCGUGCGACCCAAGCGGAUACAGCGACCCUUAUGUCGUGUUCGGGGACGAAUACCAAAAACGACUCCACAAGACUCGCAUUAUAUACCGGAACCUCAACCCUCGUUGGGACGAGUCAUUCGACAUCACCGUCCAGGGCCCCGUCAAUGUCAUAGCUACAAUCUGGGACUAUGACACGUUUGGCGACCACGACUAUGUUGGCCGCACGUCUCUUAAGCUGGACCCGGUUCACUUCGGCGACUAUCUGCCACGCGAAUUCUGGCUAGAUCUUGACUCCCAAGGACGUCUGCUGAUCAGAGUAUCCAUGGAGGGUGAGCGGGAUGAUAUCCAGUUUCACUUCGGCAAGGCCUUCCGCCACUUGAAAAGGACAGAGAGAGACAUGGUUCGCAAAAUAACGGACAAGCUCACCGCACAGAUCAAUUCGACGCUGUCCCAUGAAACCCUUCGAGGCCUGCUUGGUACAAGUGGCAUUGGCGCAUCGGUCGCCGGCCUCUGGAAGAAGCGCACCUCAACCAUGCCAGCAGCAACGCCUAGCCAAAUCGAGGGCGCACUGACUUCUUUGUUCACGUACUUUGACGAGAACUUUGCCAUCAUGAAACAAACAUUGACGGACGCCACCAUGAUCGCGGUAAUGACUCGGCUGUGGAAGGAGGUGCUGAUGACCAUCGAAAACCUCUUGGUCCCACCACUUUCCGAGAAGCCAUCAAUGAAGAAACCUUUGACGCGCAAGGAGCUUGACGUUGUGUAUCAUUGGCUGGAAAUGCUGUUUGUCUUCUUCAACGCCAGAGAUGAGGAGUCAGGGGAGCAGCUUGGAGUGCCUGCCGAGGUGUUGAAGUCGCCUAAGUGGCACGAGCUCGCGUCUCUGAACUUCUUUUACUUUGAAGACACCAACAGUCUGAUUCGAGAAUCGGAACGGAUGGCAUCUACAGCGGCUCAACACGCUCAGUUGGCGCUUCAGCAGCAGGGCUCGUUGCAGAACCGCCUGUCAGCACCGGCGAGUUUUGGAGCCAGUUUCGGUGGAGCAGGAGCCUUUGCAAGCAUGGGCACCAUCCGACGUGGUAAGAGCAUCAUGAUGAGCCGCAACCUAGGAACCAUGCGUAAGGCCAAAGAAGCGAAGCGCCGCGAAGCACAGGCGGACCCGAGCGACGACAUGAUAUUGCGAAUACUUCGUAUGCGGCCCGAGGCCGCUUUGUAUUUGAAGGAGCGGCACAGGCAGAAGGAACGACAGGCAGCAACAGCAGCGGCAGCGCUGAUCGUGAAGAAUAGCGUGGCCCAAGGAUGGAACACGGGUGGGGGCGGCGUAGGUCAGUUUGGAAGAAACAACUUGCCCCGAAGGUAGGACAUCGAUGAGUGGAGUUGCGAAGGCUCGGACUGCUGGGACUUCGGAGGCUUUCCAAGGUAUGCACCCGUUUAAUUUCCCCGAUCGUUCGGAGUAGCAUCAUAUACCCUUCAUAAGCGUUUGCCAAGAGGCAGCAGGCUCGGUUCACGCAUGACAAGGAACAGCCCAAACGUUUAGCAUAGCCCAAGAUUUCCGAUUCCUGUUCUGCAUAGCUUGUUUGAUAGCGUAUUAGUUAGCCAGCGCUCGACAGGGAAUGAAUUUUCUGUAUGAACGUGUCUCUUCGCAA